GGCAGGCAAAUGGUGCAGAAAGUCUCUCGUGGAAGUACACUAACUGGAUUCAGCAGCAGCUACAGCAGCUACAGCCUCAGAAGAGGGUUUACCUUUUGGAGAGCAGCGCAGAAAAUAGGGGCUUAUAGGACAGAAUAAAGAAGACUUGAGACAGUCGCUGAAAAAAGCCCAACAAAAAGAAAUCUAAGAAAAUAGGAAGGAAUACAAACUUCACCUUGACUUGAACCAAGAGGAUAUAAAAGACAUAGAAAAGGACUGUGUGUUUGCACCAUGGCAUCUUUUGGACUUGAGCUGACUGGCAUCACCCUGGCAGUGCUGGGCUGGGCUCUGAGCGUGACCAGCUGUGCCCUUCCAAUGUGGAGGGUCUCGGCCUUCAUAGGCGCCAACAUUGUCACUGCUCAGGUGUACUGGGAGGGUCUGUGGAUGAGCUGUGUGUUCCAGAGCACGGGACAGAUGCAGUGUAAGGUCUACGACUCCAUGCUGGCUUUACCUCAGGACCUCCAGGCUGCCAGGGCACUAACUGUGAUCGCCAUCAUCCUGGGCGUGGUGGCUCUCCUCAUUGCCAUGGUGGGAGCGAAGUGCACCAACUGCAUCGAGGAGGACGGGGUUAAAGCAAAGGUGAUGAUCGCCUCUGGAGUGGCGUUCAUCACGGCAGCUCUGGCCCAACUAGUGCCUGUUUCCUGGUCAGCAAACACCAUCAUAGUCGAGUUCUACAGUCCACUCGUCCUCUCAGGACAGAAGAUGGAGAUUGGGGCAUCACUGUAUAUUGGAUGGGCUGCCUCAGCCCUGCUGCUGGCUGGGGGAGCUAUCCUCUGCUGCAGUUGCCCUCCAAAGGAAGACAAACCACUGAAAUAUAACAUACACCCCCAGAGUCGCGCAGCAUACUCAGCCGCUCCAAUGUCAGCAGCUCAAAGCUCCUAUACAAGAAAGGACUAUGUGUGAGGGAAGAGGACAGGAACAAGGAAGGAUUGCAAUUAUUAUUGUAGGGUCUAUACCCUACAAAAUAACGCGCCUUGAGCACCACUCUUGUGGUGAUUUUGCGCUACAUAAAUAAAAUUGAAUUGAAUGUGACCUCUUUUCAUUAUUUUCACAUGUAACCUAGUUUUUUUUAUGUUUUCAUGGGAAUUUGUAUAAAAAUUUAGCUAAAUACACACUAGCCAUGUCAUGGGUUAUUGGCUUUUAUGGAGUCACAGAUGUGAAAGAGCUAAACAAAACAGAGCUCACACUGAGUUUCAAGGGAAGGUCAAAAUGGUGCCAUGGACAAAAAAAAAAAGGGAAGUGUGUAAAAGUCAAUGAUUAAUAAGAGUGAUACAUGAUUUUGUUGUUGUUGUUUUAUCUGUCACAUUUUAAGAUUUGAUGUUUCUGUAUUCAGGCAGUUUUAUGUAUUGUACUUUCCUGCAAUGUUCUUUAUGUCUGUGUAUUUACUUUGUGCAUUUGACAAAAAUUCCAUAUAUUUUUUUAUUGUUAAUACAAUUUUUAUGAGGCACUUGACUCCAUAUAUACAAAUGUUUUGCUUUUAGAUCUGACAUGAUUAAAAUACCUUAGAUUAAUAAUGUAUUAAAAAUAUCUACUGUUUGAA